UUCUAUAUCCGGCCCGAACGUCAGCGGGUCCAUGACGGCGCGGUCUAGCCAAACAGCCGGCUGUGCUAACGAUCUUCAGCAGAAUUCUUCUGGUCCUCCUCUCAACUAGCUGUCACCAACUGCUGAUUAUGUCUGGCAGGGAAGGCGGAAAAAAGAAGCCCCUGAAGGCCCCGAAGAAACAGAACAAGGAGCUAGAUGACGAUGAGCUGGCCUUCAAGCAGAAGCAGAAGGAGGAGCAGAAAGCGUUGGACGCUAUGAAGGCCAAAGCUGCAGGAAAAGGACCUCUCGGUGGCACUGGCAUCAAGAAAUCAGGGAAGAAGUGACAUCACCACCUCGAACCAGUCUGGACCCGAACAGACGGCAUCAUGUCUCCAUAGUCCUGGUUCCAGCUCACUCUCACAACUGAUGGGGUGCUUGUGUUGUUUUGUUCUAAAGCUCAAAGUCAAUAAAGUUUUUUUUU